AGCUCAUUCAAAAUGAAACAAGACCAGUAUAAAUGCGGAGAACCUGAACCACAAAGUCAAAAUGAAGGCUUCCUUUUUCCAGUAAGCGGAAAAGAUCGUGAAAGUUCAUAUAGUCCUAAAAGGAUUUUGAUAUGUACAGUCUGGCAUUGUAUUCAUUCUAAGCACCAGGAAGAAGUGGACCAAUGAUAGACCCCUGGGGGAUGCCUCAAAAAGUUUGAGAUCAAUCAAGCAACAGCAAGACAUCUUUUCAGCAACAACUUGGACAAAGCAUGCACAAAAUGAAGUCUUGGUAGCUCUGAAUGUAAAACAAAAGUCUCUUUCACACAGAGCUCCCACAAGAUUGGUAAAGCAGGGCAGAGAAACCUGCAUGUACUCGUCUGGGCAGUUAAUGCAGCAAAUUUGUGCCUUUACUACUCUGAUGAUACAAGCUCUGGAGAUAGAAAAUUCAAGUCAACUGAUUCUGUGUCAGUGUUGUUCACAGGGAAAAAAACAGUAAAAAUCUGUCUUUUGUGGGAAGUGUGAAAGGGGCUACUGACAUGUUGGAUCCAUAUUGAUUUGAUCAAACACGGCGGCCUAAGUGGCAGACAGUGAAGUGACAUUUGAUCAUUGAGCAUAGUCCCCAGACCCCCACUGGGAACCAAGGACAGACCCCUGUGGGGCAUCUUCAAAGAGAAGCAUUCAACAGGCAACCAUGACGGAGAACAGAAACUACAAGGAUGAUGUGAAGGAAAGAAAGGGCACCAAGGACAGACCCAUGGUGGACGCCACAAAAAGAAGAAAAGACAUUCAUGACAAAGCUGAUCCAUACAAAGUUGGCUCCAAGGAGGAGCUAAAAUCUCUUUUUUGGAGCGGAAACUGAAGUCAAUUGUCAUUUGGCUGUGAACAAACAUCAGGCCAUUGAAUCGAUCGCAACUGGACUGUUCAGGUUGUCUUCGAAGACUUUUCACCCCGCUUAGACAAGAGACAAGACUGUUUGGAUGAGAGGCUAACUGUCCAUCCAUCUGUUUUCUAUGCCGCUUAUCCUCACUUGGUUCGUGGGUAUGCUGGAGCCUGUCCCAGCUGACUUCAGGUCAGAGGUGGGGUACACCCUGGACUGGUUGCCAGUCAAUCGGGCACAUAUAGACAAACAACCAUUCACACUCACAUUCAUACCUAUGGACAAUAUUGAGUCUUCCCGGGAGACCGGGAAAUCUGGGCUUCGCUGCUGCCCCCGUAACCCGGAACCGGAUAAGCAGAGGACAAUGGAUGGAUGGAUGGAAUUAACCUAACAAUCACGUUUUUAGAAUGUGGGAGGAAGCCAGAGUACCCGGAGAAAACCCAUGCACGCACGAGCAGAACGUACAAACUCCACACAGAGAUGCCAAACUGAGAUUCAAACCCAGAUCUCCUGACAGUCCAUUCAAUGCCCCCAGAAUACAAUGACCAGGAUGAAUGUGAAUAUCCAAAGACAUUGUGUCAGAACAUUGGACACACUAUCUUGUUGAAGAACCUGACGAAUGGAAACAAGACAACUGCAGUCCAUCACCAGUUCAGAGUGCGUGUUUGCAGUUUCUCUGCUAAGUGGAACGCCAGUUUCCUGCCGACCACCAGGUCCGCCUCCUUCUACCCAGGAACUUUUAAAAAACUGUCAAGACCACCAUUGCCGCAACAACCUCCGCCCCCUUUCUGAUAAACAUUGAAUGCAGACACAGAUGCAGUCAGUUUGACACCUUCAUCCAUCGGCUAAUCUUGUUUGUGGUGUCAAGAGACAAGACAAAAAGGUGAGUCUGCACUGAUGUUCAAAUACUCUUUCACAUUUAACACCUGUCGAAGUAUGACACAGCAUUCGAUGUCACCUUUCAGGUUGUAAGAAAUUUUAGGGCAUUAUUACAUCUUUUUGUGUCACUGUGUUGGUUAAUAUGUGAUGAAUACACUCAAGUCUUCUUGACACCAGACAAGCUGCGUCGUGAUUGAAGGUUUUAGGUUUAGGUUUUAGCGUGCCAAUUAUUUUGGAAAAAGUUAGAGUAACUGGACAACUACCAUGGGACAUAGCUCUUAAUGAAUCAAUCAAUCAGGGGUUGAAUGAGAUCUCUCCCUACGUCAGCGCUCACCAACGUUUUUUCUUGCAAGAGCUACUUUUAGAAAAUGGCCACGAGCUACACAUUUUUGUAGAAAUGAUUUUCAUACCUUAUUCAACCCAAACAGAUCAAAUCCGCUUGUUUUACCAAAACAUUCACAAAAUGCAGGUAUCCACAACUCACAUUUUAUGUUUCAGAAUACUUUUCUUUCUAGUGUUCUCACAUUAUUAACUGAAAACCUGAAUGAAAAGCAGGCUUGCGGGCACCUCAUGUGGUCGUGGGGGGCUACCUGGUGCCCGCGGGUACCACGUUGGUGACCCCUGUCAUAGGUCCUGUUGGUGAAAGGACCAAAUUUAUCAAAACUUUGGUUCUUUUAGUGUGCUUAGAAGUACCAGUAUCUCUUGUGUGGCUUCAGCUGUGAAGCUAAGCUAUAACUGGUAUGUGGGAAAAGCAAAUCACAUUUAUGCCACUAAACAGAAACUGAAAAUCUUGUAGUCAAACUGACAGUAACACUUAAUUACACCCUUUCACCCACACCUACUUCCUUCUUAAUGAGGCACCCCACGGAUUAGUGUUUAUUGCAAAGUUAUUUCUCAAAGAUUCGACACGUUCAGCCUUUUCUCAUAAAGAGAAAAUGCUACCCAUACUCCAAAAUCCAUAAUUAACAGAUGUCUUUUUCAAAAGAUGCGAGGCUGAUGAAGACAACUGAUGCAGAGGGAAACCACAAAGCCUCACCCACACACACAACAAAACUGGAAAAACAGGAUUUUCAAGAAGUAAUGACAUGAAAGUUAAAGAUAAUUACAUUGAAACUCGAGCCACCUUGAAUGGCUGAAAACACAUCAAAAUCACAUGUAGAAAAACCACCUUACUUCCUCAUUUUCUGUAAUAAAAUCUUCUUUUACAGAUUUCAAGGCAACAUCAACAUGAUUCUGUUGAAUAUGUGCACUGUCCUCAUGCUGUUCCUCCCCCAGCACACACAUCAGUCCUGCACAGUGGGCUCCCCCAAACAGUGUCUCCAUGCAGACCUGGCUCCAGGCACCAAUCUAGCCGGGGAAGGCUUCGAUAUCACCGAGAUGAAGCGCAAGGGAGCGUUUGUCCUGGACAUUGAUGAGUGGAAACGCAAGGACAAAACGUGCACCUUGUGCACCAACCCCUUCCUGGACAAAGCCCGCCAGAAGCUUCCCCUGGCUGUGGUGGAUUGGAGGCCAUACCGGUCCUGCAGAUUGAAUGAGGCCAGUACACUUCACAGAUCCAGCGAGGCUCUUCUAAAUUCCAUCACUUCUGUGGUGGAAAAUAACUGGCGGGCCAGUCUGAGUUUGAACGUUUCGAAAUACAGUGUAAACCUGAUGCUGGCUGGCACCAAUUCAAAACUGGCCCAGUAUUCUAUGCAGAAAACCAAAACAGACAAGUUCAGCUUCGUCAGCCAGAAAAUGUCGUGCGAGUACUACAGCUACAGAGUGUCCGGCAAGCCAAGGCUGCAUGGUGAAUUUCGACAAGCACUGAAGGAGCUUCCAAAGACCUACAGCCCUCAAUAUAAGCAACGUUUCUAUAAACUCAUUGACAACUUUGGCACCCAUUACAUCACAAAGGUAAAACUGGGAGGAUAUGUCCAAUCCAUUACCAGCAUCCAGCAGUGCCACGCCAGCCUGCAGGGCCUCAGCGCAGAGGAGGUGCAGAUGUGCCUGGAGGUGGAGGCGUCUCUCACCAUCAAAGCUACCAAGGACGCUCGCUACAGACACUGCAAGAACAACACCGACAAAACAGAGAGCAAGGGCAGCUUCUCCAGCCUCUUCAAUGACAGGUUCACAGAUAUAAAAGGGGGUCACACCAAUGAUGUGGACCUUCUCUUCUCUGCAGGCAAAGAUCCAUCAGCCUACAAGCAAUGGCUUGACACGGUGCCACACUAUCCAGACAUUAUUUCGUAUUCCCUGGAGUCUCUGCACGAGUUGCUGCCAGCUAACAACCCCUUAAGGAAGAACUUGCGGACAGCUGUAAGCCACUACAUCCUAGAGAGGGGUCUGAUGAGGAACUGCAGUGGGCGCUGUCAAAAUGGCAUCAGGAGCGACUCCAGGGACCCCUGCGUCUGUCAAUGCCACAAUAGCCGCGCUGUGACCCAGGACUGCUGUCCGAGCCGUGUUGGUAUGGCACAGGUCAUCAUAACCAUCCAACGGGCCAAGGGUCUUUGGGGAGACCAUACCACGGCCACCGAUGGCUACGUGAAGAUGUUUUUCAAGAAACGGGAGUAUCGCUCUCCUGUCAUUCUCAACAACAACAACCCUCACUGGGCCACCAUCUUUGACUUGGGCACUCAAGACUUGUCGGCAGCCCCGAAAGUCAGAUUUGAAGUGUGGGAUCAGGACAGUGGCUGGGACGACGACCUUUUGGGACAAUGUGAGCAAAUCCUGAAGGCAGGAGAGAUGCGGGACGUGUGUGCCAUGCACCAUGGUCAGCUCUUCUACAAGUGGGAUGUGAAAUGUGCUCCAAGUCUGGGCGGUGAGUCAUGCAUGGACUACAAGUCUUCGCCAAUGAGCCAGAGUUUGACAACCAUGUAUGUGUCCCGUCACGCUCACGCUAUUCCACAAGACAUCCUGGUAGAGAUGGGCGUGUUUGUCAAGAAUAGAGGCAAUCACGUGUAAUGCUCACGUUUGUUUAGUCCACUGUUAGUAAAGCAGGACAGUCUGAGCGCUUUUACCAUCAUUACUGUGUGCAAGCUAGCUCAAUGGACUGAAAUAUUUGCAGUGUAUCUAUUGUGCAUUUUUGUUCGUUGAUGUGGUGUUUGCUGUUAAACAAUAAAAGACGAGCACGAAGUGUUCCUUGUAUUAUGUU